AUUUCAUUCAUAAAAAUCCUCUCUCACUAUAACAGAAGAAACGCCGGAGAGAGAGCGAGAGAUUGCUCGCGCGUCCAGGUGUAGCCCAGUAAACACAAAGCCCUUGCAAAAAUACUCUUGCUUUUGCAGCUUAGAUCCUUUUUUGAGCCCAGCCUGCAGUUUAAGGAGAUGCCUAAAGCCGUGGCUUCGUCUCGUGCUGCCCUCUGCCAGGAGAGCAAAACGAAGAGUAAUGCGCAGGGCCGAGGCACUGACAGCAGCGCAGCUGACGGCCCCUUUGUCCCCACGGUCACUGCCAUAACCACGGCUCCGGAUCUGAAGUGGAUGGUCCUGUCCACUGACAUUUCAUCAGUCAGUCCCUGCAGCGGUGCUGCAAAGCAGAGGAGAGCGCAGAAAAGAGCCAAAGCGUCUGCGGCCAAAACAGGCCACGGGGGCCCUGCAGGCCGGAGGAAGGGACAGAAAGAGCAGUUGUCCCCAGAGGAGGAAGAGAGAAGAAAAAUCCGCAGGGAAAGAAACAAACUGGCAGCAGCGAAGUGUCGAAACCGUCGCCGGGAACUCACAGACAGUCUGCAGGCGGAAACUGACAGUCUAGAGGAGGAGAAGGCGGCUCUGCAGGCUGAGAUCACCAGCCUGAUGAAGGAAAAAGAGCAGCUUGAGCUUCUGCUCACCGCCCACCAGCCCCAUUGCAAAAUCCCUGAAGAGAUGCAGGAGGAGGAGGAGGAGGACAUGUCCGAAGAGCCCGAAAAACACACCCUUGUGCUUCAGGACGUCCGGUCGCCUUCACCAACAACCAGCCUGGACAAGACCCCUACCUCUCCUCUCGGCCUUCAUGAGGUUCCCACCGGGCCUCAGGAACUGGAACCCACUGGCCCUAUCAUACUGGGAGACUCUGACGUUCUCCUGUGCUCCAGUGCAGAGUUGGAACCCUACAUAGAUGCAAAGGAAGUUCCAAUGGAGAAUCUGGGCUCCAAGCUUGGUGGGAUGGAAGAUGACAACGAUGACGACAUGGACCUGCUGGUGCCUGACAUUGACCUCAGUGCAUCACUGGGCCUGACUGAGUGGGAGACCCUCUACAUGACAAUAGGGGGCAGUUUGGACCCUCUCAGUACUCCAACACUAAGCCCAGGCUGCAGUGCCGGAGCUGUGCCUGUGUUUGACUUUCCAAACCUGAGCACAGGAGGAUCAGAGGAUGGAAAAGUUCCUAAAGCCAAAGCAGGAGGAGAUAACUCGACCCUGCUGGCUUUGUGAAGGCCAAAGCCAAAAGACAAAUUACAUUAGAACCUGUCUGUACCUGCAUGACCGUCUUGAUGUGUUUAUGCACUUUGGAGGAUCUUUGAAACACCAUGUUGUCCCUGUGAGAUGACCCAGAGGAACUGUUACGAAGGCGUUUAAAAAGUGUUUCUGUUAAAGAAUUGCUGUCUGUGCAGUACUCAAAAAAGGUCAUUGGCAUGGGUGAAAGGGUACUAGGAAACUAAUUGGUGGAGAACAGGGGUAGGGGUCUCUACACCUGAAUACUCAGAUUUUGCGAUUCAAACUCAUCUGAUUUACUUUGUCUGGAAAUUACAAGAAACAGUCAAUUAGAACAGAAAUGGGCUGUCAGCAAACUGGGCUUAGCUCACUGACCAAAAAUGACCAUAAUUAACCUUGCUAAUGAGCUUUAUUUUUAUUGGCUGCCAUGUACCAGCUUUCAAACCCCCUUUAUAACUUCAGUGGGAAUGGGCAGGAAUAAACUGCUUACCUAACAUAAAGUGGAUAUAUUAUGCAAAGCAAUAUAUUGUUGGUUUUCUGAACAUGAAUUAAGGCUGUUAAUACAAAAUGGUCUAAAAGUCUAUAUUGGAAGAUUAACAUGGCCAAUAUGACCAAUAGUGAACGACUUUGGAAGGGAAUCAUGCACAGGUUCUCGAACGGGGGCAAAAAUUGGUUUGUUGAGGUCCGUUUGUUAAAGUCAGUGUGAAGAAUAUGUUGUACACAGUGCAUGUGCUCUACAGUCACCCCCCAGCCCCCACCCCCAGCACACUGUGACUAAAUCAUUUCUUCCAGGUGGCAAUGUGGUGGACAUGUUUUCAAUGGGAUCGUUUAUGCACUUUUGUACCACGUGGACUGAACUACGUCACUUUCAUCCUGUUGUGGAUCUCGUGCUUCAUUGUACAGUCUGUUACCGCGGCUGGCCGAUGUUACCACACAUAAAUAUACAUAUAAAUAUAUUGAUAUUGUGAAAUGAUAUUUUGAAUAUUGUAAUAUUGUCCUCAAAUAUUGUGUUUAUCUCUGGCUGUCGAUGCUGCACUGACUGGGUUUCAGUGAUAGGUCAGUUUUGAGCUUUAUUAGUUGUUUGUAGGAGAAUGAAGAGCACUCAGAUUCCACCACAGCUUCAUCUAGAGAGAGUUUGGUGAGCAUAUGGAGCUGUAGUGUUCUCACAGUCUGGCAUAUAAUCUCACAGUAAUGUGCAUAUUGUGAUAUUCUCGUCUGGUAAUAUAAUGUGUAGACUGCAUCACCACCCCCAGGUGUGCUGCAGAGUCUCGGUGUAAGUGUGUGUGUAAAUAGCAGCUGUGUGUGAAGGUGCUGAUUUUCCAAUUAAAUGUGAUUCCUGUGAGAAGAAUCAUA